AUGUCUUCCGCCCUCGCCCGCCCGCUGAUGCGGACCACUGCUCGCACCCUCCCUUCCCGAGUCGCCGCCCGUUUCGAGUCGACCACCACCAAGAAGGCCACCGAGUCCGCAAAGGACGCUGCCGGUAAGGCCAGCGAAUACUCGGCCAAGGCCGCCCAGGGCCUGAGCCGCGCCGCCAGCGCCGCCGGUCCCGCUCUGUCUGGUGCCGUCAACGCCCUCGGCAAGGUCGGCGGCCGCACCGGCAAGAUUAUCGGCUUCAUCGAGAAACAGGUUCCCUGGGUUAUCUACUACUCCCGCGUCACUCUUGAGCUGUCCAAGAUUGUCUUCCACGGCCAGAAGAUGGCUCCUCCCCCCGUCAGCACCUUCCAGUCCUACUUCCAGACCGCCCUCGGCGCCGUCAAGAACCCCAACGCCCUCCUGAGCUCCGCCUCCUCAGCCGCCAGCACCGCCGUCGCUGCUAAGCCCGCCACCAUCGCCUCCCGCAUCAACACCGCGACCGUGGCCGCCGGUGCCGUUGUCGCCGCCGAAUGCCUCGGCUUCUUCACUGUCGGCGAGAUACUCGGCCGCUUCAAGCUCGUGGGCUACCACGGCGAGACCCACGCUGCUGCCCACUAA